CAAUAGUUGCAUGGCAGUGAGUGAGAAACACGUAUUUCCAGCGGUGUUCUCACAGAGUAAGCAGGUGACUUAACGUCCUUGCAACCGGACAUCGAUUUCCCUGUAAGAUCUAAGUUAUCCGGUUGAUCUCAGGUGGUGGUCCUGAUUGUCAGGAUGACCACCCUCAUCCGUCGAGGCAAGCGUGCUGCUGAGACGUCUGUGGCAGAUGGACGCGGUCCUGAGGAUGUGGACAGCCAGGGUGGUGGUCACUCUGAGGAAGAGGAUGACUAUGACUCCUCCAAAGCCCUCCGGCUCACUCUUAUGGAGGAAAUCCUGCUAUUGGGUCUCAAAGACAAAGAGGGCUACACAUCGUUCUGGAAUGACAACAUCUCCUCGGGGCUGCGGAGCGGCAUCAUGAUCGAGCUGGCUAUCAGGGGCCGCAUUCACCUGGAGCCACCCACCAAGAGGAAGAGGAGGCUCCUGGACCGCCAGGUGUUGGUGCGGUCAGACGCCCCGACAGGGGACGUGCUGCUGGACGAAGCCCUUAAGCACAUGAAAGCCACACACCCCCCCGAGACCGUGAGCAGCUGGAUCCAGUUACUGACAGGCGAGACGUGGAACCCGAUGCGAAUGCACUACCAGAUGCGCAACGUGCGUGAGCGCCUGGCCAAGAGCCUGGUGGAGAAGGGCGUGCUGACCACGGAGAAGCAGAACUUCCUGUUCUUCGACAUGACCACUCACCCGCUAAGCAACAGCCAGCUGAAGGAGCAGCUGGUGGCCAAGCUGCAGGAGUGCCUGCUGGACCGCUGGGCGGGCGAGCCACGGCGCCUGGACCGCCGCACACUGGCCCUUAUGGUGCUGGCGCACAUCUCCGACGUGCUGGACAGCUCGCUAAGCUCGCUGUCGGACGAGCGCUUCGACGCGGCGGCGGCGCGCUCCAAGGCCGUGCUGGAGGCGGACGCGGACGAGCAGGCCUGCAAAACCACCUCCCCUGCCGAUGAGAUGAUCUGGGCCGUACUGGCCGCCAACGCCUGAGGGAGGAGGUCCAUGUGCCUGUGUCAGUGUGUGUUCGUAUGUGUGUGUUAGGGCUGGGCGAUAUGGCUGAAAACUGUAUCACGAUAUAAG